AUGAUGAGAGAUGUUUCUGUUACGAUGAUAAAAUUCGAAUCUAAGUUUGAAUUUUACAAAUUUCUAGACAGUAAACCCGAUUACAUUAAAAUUUAUACAGAUGGAUCCAAAACCAAUAAUCGCACAAGUUUUGCCUUUUACGAUUCUUCCACAAAGGCUGGAAAAGUUUUUUCUUGUAAUAAUAUGUUUUCUGUAUAUUCCUCUGAAAUUUUGGCUAUUAUAUAUGCUCUUAAAUACAUUUCUGUAAAUUAUUGUUCAAAUUCAUUUAAAUUUCUAAUUCUCUCAGACUCUAUGAGUGCGUUAUUGGCUUUAAAUAACAAUUGUAUUUCCAAUAAAUGUAAUUAUUUAAUAUAUGAAUUGAGAAACUUAAUCACUUCACUAUUUAAUAAUAAUAUUGUAGUAGAGUUUUGCUGGGUGCCGGGUCAUUCGGGCAUUCUCGGUAAUGAGUUAGUUGAUGCUCUGGCCAAAUCUAGUAGCAAUGUUGCAGUUUCAGAUUCAUACAAAGUUCCGCACUCUGAUUUGGUAUUACAUUUAAAGACUAUUCUAUUAAACCGUUGGACACUAGCAUUAAAUUCUUCUCGAAGUGUUAAAGGUAAAUGGCUUGCUGAGAUUGCCCCGGCACCCAGCACCAAAGCUUGGUUCGAAAGGGCUUCUACUUAUUUUGGUAGAAGAUAUAUUUCUACUAUGUGUAGAUUAAGAAUUGGCCAUUGCAAAUUCCCAGCACAUAUGUUUAGGUUGAAAUUAGCCGUUUCAACAUCGUGUCAAUACUGUAAUUUAGCUUUUUGUGAUCUGGAUCAUUUAAUCUUUAAUUGUAAAACGUUUAACGUUCAGAGGUUAUUAUUUAUUACUGAUGGCCUUGUCGCCAAAGCUAAAUAA